AUGUCUAGCAAUCCAGGCUGAGCAACUAGUUGAAGAUACUGCUGCAAGGGGUCGACAUGUGAAGGACAAUUCGAGUGCUAUAAGAUAUAUUUUAUAGUCUCUUUUAGUAUACUGGGCCUAUGUGCCUUAGUGGUCCUUCUGUUCUCCUUCAGAGUUCUCUGUCGGUCCAGGCGAGCUAAAAGGAUCCUAGGCAUGUGGUAUAGGUAUAAACAAAACAAUAUCCAGGCGGGGACUAAUGGUAUCAUCGAUCAGCUUGAGCAAGAAGAAAUCGUCCAACCUCAGUUAAGCUACUCACACAGUCAGAUUAUGGAAGAGAGUAAGCAUGAAGACGAUCUCUAUGUUGACACCAAUCAGUUGAAGUAUGGAAAUAGAGAGCUUUCUAAGUAUAAAUAAACUUAAGCAUCCUUGUUUGGAACUUAAUAAAACUCCAGAGGAACAACUAGACCAACACAAUAGUCAGACUUAUGGAGCCUUUCUGUUUGAUGUAGGAUCUCGAUCAGUCAUAAAGAACCAUCAAAAAUCAUCUACAAAUGUUAAAACUUCUUCAUUAGGUGUGAGCUUCCAUAAUUCAAAAUCAUUUGUCCCAAUGCAAUUCUCUUCAAGAGAGUAUGAGAUGAGGGCACAAAGGAUGAUGGGAUCGUUGGCAGACCCAGCACCACCUGAUGAGAUGACUUAUGAACAACCUUCCAAAGGAGACCAAAUCUCAAAUAUGUUUGAGAAAUUUGCUCCGAAAUACAAUGAAUGCAAAGAAGAUGAAGAAAUGAAGAAACAUUUUGAUAUGGACCAGUUCAAGGUCAAGAAUCAAGUGCUUAAUAAACAAAAAUCAGGGACUUUAAAGAAUACUUCUGACAAAGAAAACUUAGAUUCCCAGGCUAAUGUUAGGAGUCUCAGAAUUACAAGUCAUAAUGCAUCAAGUUAUUACAAAAGUGGGGAAACAGAGAUGUACCAGACCAGUGACCAGCCUGAGCCUGGUGGAGUAAGGAACCGUAAAGGUACUAGAGGGAGAAACCGGAAGCCUAUCAAGAAAGAGGUCUCACUUCAAGACAGUAAAGAUGAGGAAAAGACUCAUAUAAUGGUCACUCCUAAAUAAGAAAGAGUUUGAUAGCAUAAUUGACCUUAGCUCUGAAGGAUAUACCUCAAAUAACCCUAGUGGGGAGAUUCAGAGUAAAACUACCUUGACCAAAUCAUUCAUUAAGAAAAGCAAGAAAGGGCUAAAGCCAGCCCAGCAGAUCUCUGAACCUAUUGGAAAAUAUUUCAAAGAGGACAUUGAUAUCAUUAAAGAGAACCAUGAUGAGGAAUAUUCCUCUGAAGAAGAUGAUAAUUUACAGAAGAAGGAGGGAAAUAAAAUAACAAACAAAGUAGAUGAUAAGAUUCAACUCUUCCAGCUAGUUCAUGAUUCCCAAGCUGGGGGUAAGAGAGUCGGGCAGGAGGUUAUUUCUUUGAUCUCGACUCCUUAUACCAUCACGAGUAAUUCAAAUGCUAUGAGUACUUCUAAUGAAGGUAAAAAUAGAAUUAUGCAAAUUUCAAAAGUUGCAAAAUCAAAGAGGAGGAGAGUGGUGAAGAAGAAAGGAAGGAAGAAAGACCAGGUAUUGUCUUAACCUCAUCUAUUCAUUUACAUUCUCAGACUACCUCAUUAACAUUAAUAAUAU